UAAAUACAAAUGAAAUAUCUGGAUUCGGUGGUAUGAGAAGAAAGAGUGGCUUGAUGGAGCUUGUAAUUCUUGUCCCAUGUUGUUUCUUCCUCGUGGCUUUAACAAAGUUCCUUUAUGAUUACCUGUGGGUACCUCUUCGUAUACAGCAUAUGAUGAAUUCACAGGGAAUCAAAGGACCUCCUUACAGAUUCAUCCAUGGCAACAAUAAAGAAGUUACCAAAAUGAGAAAGGAAGCAUUAAAUAAAGCUGUGGGUUUGACAGAUGAUUUAUUUCCCAGAUUACAACCACAUAUUUAUUCCUGGAUCAAUACAUAUGGGAAGAAUUUUGUUUAUUGGAAUGGCGUUCAAGCUGAAGUGGUGAUUUCAGAACCUGAAUUGAUCAAAGAGAUUAUGACAAAUAGUGAGAAAAUUUUUCAGAAAAGGAAGCUUACAGAUGUUGGUGCGAAGCUCCUGGGAAAUGGGCUUGUGUUCAUUGAGGGAGAAAAAUGGGCAAAGCAUCGCAAGCUGGCCAAUCAUGCUUUUCAUGGGGAAAGUCUAAAGAACAUGACUCCAGCAAUGAUUGUUAGUGUUGAAACAAUGCUAGAAAGGUGGAAAGGCCAAGAAGGCAAAGAGAUUGAAGUGUAUAAUGAAUUUAGAUUAUUGACUUCGGAAGUAAUUUCCAGAACAGCUUUUGGUAGCAAUUACUUGGAAGGGGAGAGGAUUUUUGCCAUGUUGAACAAGUUGACAAUACUCGUGAGUCAAAAUAUUUCCAAGACUAAGAUUCCUUUCAUCAACAAGUUAUGGAAAUCUGCUGAAAUGCUAGAGUCUGAAAAACUUGAAAAAGGAAUACAAGAUUGUGUGAUGGAGAUGAUUAAGAAAAGAGAAGACAAAGUUGUGAGUGGAGAAGCCGAUAGCUUUGGCAAUGAUUUUCUGGGAUUACUAGUAAAUGCUUAUCAUGAUUUGGACGAUAAAAACAGGGCUGCAUUGAAAGACUUGGUAGGUGAAUGCAAAACAAUAUACUUUGCUGGACAAGAAACUGUCAAUUCAUUGCUUGCAUGGAUAGUUUUGCAUUUGGCAAUCCAUGGAGAUUGGCAAGAGAAAGCAAGGAGAGAGGUGAUUGACAUAUUUGGUAACCAAAACCCGCAUCUCGAAGGCAUUGCCAAACUCAAAAUAAUGACCAUGAUCAUCAAUGAAACUCUAAGGUUGUAUGGUCCGUCAAAUGGCCUGCCAAGAACAGUCGCAAGAGAAGUACAGUUGGGAAAGUUAGUCUUGCCUGCUAAUAUAGAUAUUCUGUCUUUAAAUAUUGGACUUCACCGUGAUCCUCACUUGUGGGGGGAUGAUGUGCAUCAUUUUAAACCAGAGAGAUUCGCCGAAGGGAUUGCCAAAGCUACCAAUUACACCGCAGCUGCAUUUUUCCCCUUUGGAUUGGGACCUCGAUCUUGUGUUGGUAUGACCCUUGCAACCAUAGAAACCAAGAUUGCUCUGUCCAUGAUUCUACAACGUUACACCAUCACCAUUUCCCCAACCUAUGUCCACUCUCCAAUGCCUAUUCUCACCAUUCGACCACGACAUGGAAUUCAAAUAAUACUUGAGCCGCUGCAUAGCUGUUAAGAACUAGGGGCUUAAUAUUGUUGGUUCAUGUAUUCACUUGUAAGAGAUGACAUUCAGUGUAUCUAAGGUGUUACAAACUUAAGAAAAAGAAAGAGGAAUGAAUUACUGUGUGAAAGAAAUAA